AUGAAAGAUUGCUUAUGUCCUAAUUGUUAUGCAAAGAUCAAAGACGAGACGAAUGAAAUUAAGGAGAAAAUCAUUGAGGAAUUAAAACUAGAUUCAGUAGACAAGGAAGUCGUUGUGGUGUAUGAUGGAGAGAACGAUAAACAAUCUGCAGAAUUUUGGAAUGGCAAGCAAAAUGCAGAAAUGGAAAAUGAUCGUUUUGAUUUAUUUUCAUUAGUUUUCGUUCCGUCUGCUGUCGUAAAUUAUUCAACUGCUCCAUCCGCUCCACCCAAAGAGCCUUCACUUCCCAAAAUACCUCAAAGCGCGCCAAUACCGGUACAACAACAACAACGUCCCGUUUCAAUUCAUGGCUUCAGUUCCUUCCAACAGCCACUUUCCCCUCUCCCAUCCUUGCAAACAAACUUUUCUCCCCAAUACAGUCAUCAGACUUCAUAUCAUGGCAGCAGCCCACGCGGUUGGUCUCAUGUUGAAUCACCACGUUCACCCGGUGUUGGAAAUCAACAACCAAAAUUAUUUUAUCAAAAUUCAUCAAAUGCACCACCAUUUGAAGUUGCACCACCACCACCAUCAACAUCAUUAUACGAUUUAGGACAGCCACAGGCACAAAUUGUUUCUCAAGUGUCGACACCACAACAGCAAAUUUAUCAGCAACCUCAGCAUCCACAAUAUCCGCAAUAUUAUGAAGACACACCAAAGCAACAACAACAACAACAACCAUUUAUGGGUACACCAUUGAGGAAAGAAGCUCCAAUCACACAAAAACCUGCGCCUGUCUAUCAAUCUCAGCCUGUCGCUGCAACAUUUCAAGGUGGUGCAAACAUGCGUGGGGAUACAAAGUGGCCCCCAACUGAAUACAAGAUGCAGGCAGAAGUAGAAAAUGAAGAACGCCGGAAGCUCGCUUUGGGACCAGUUUUUCGUCCAAAGCGUGUCAACAAAGAUUAUUCUCGAUUCUUUGCACAAAAUGCAUUGAGCAACACAUACCCUGGCUAUAGAGUACCACCCGGGACAUUACACAUCGGAAAUGGUGAAUUUUUGUAAAUUAAAAAAAAAAUAAAUGAAUUAUUUCAUAAGAUGUACAUCUGGGGAUGGGGAGGAUAUUGAUGAUUUUUGGUGAACUUUUUUGAUGGGUUUUUGUGGAUUUGGAGUAGGUUGUGUUGAUAUUUUGAGGUUAAGUGUGCUUUAUAGGUAUGCUUUGUGGUCAUAAAGAUCAAAAAUAUUGAUUUUCAUGAGGCAUACUUAAAAUAUAACAAAAGAAGGUCCUAAUUAGAAUGUUGGACGACCCCAAGGUGCAGCUAAGUUGGUUGCUCCUAAAAACUUGGUUUUCAAUGUUUAAAAAAUGUAUCAACAUUAAAAAACACAUCGAAAACCUACAAAAUCAAUGAUUUAAAAUUUACAGCUUCAAAAUCAACUCAAAAACCAUCAAAAAAUCACUAAAAAUUUUCUACAGAUCACAUCAACCCUCAUCCCUAGAAAUAGCCUAGCAAUACAUGUGCUAAUAAUGUCGUUUUUCAUUUUUUUCUUAUUUUUUUUUUAUUUUAAGCUAAUUAAACUUUAUAAAAAUUUCGUCUGUUUAUGAAAAAAAAACUAUGUCGGAGUGUUCUAACAUAACCUUAAAAAAAUUGCCCAUAAAUGAAAAUCAGUGGCAACAAUCACAAAAAAACAUAUUUGCUAUGAGAAGGAAAACGAUUUUCGUCGCUUCUUUAAAUCACAUAGAAAUAUCUUUUUGAGAGUUUGUUAUAAGCUUUGAAUCUAUGAAUGACAAUAACAUUAAACUUUGUUUUAUUUUCAACUUUUUCGAGUAGCAAACGAGGAAACAAGAAAGAAAGGAAAAAAAUGUUAAUUUUUCUACUUUAUUCACUUAAAGAACCUUGGAUGUUUAAAUUUUGAGGAACAAGUUUUAUUUUUCAUUCGGACAAAGUUUGAAAGAAGAAAAAAGUUUAAAGAAUUUAAAACUCUUUGGAGAAAUUGAAUGUUUUGGUAUGGUUAACAUUGAAUUUUAAAUUUUUAACUUUUUUGAUUUUUGUGAUUGGAUUUGAGUGACUUUUCUAGAGAUUUCAAUCAGUUAAAUGGGCUGGGGAUGGACAUCUUCUUAUAUCUCAGCUGAAAUGAAUAUUGGAACUAGACUAAGAGUGCUUAACCUCAUUUAUUUUAUCACAAACUUCAAGAUCCAAAGCUAUAAUGUAUAGUUUAAGUUACGUAGGCUGCUAGUCAGGGACCUUACCUUGUAACGGUCAAACUUAAUUGAUAUCUUAAAGUUUAGAACUAUCAAAUUUCAAACCUAAUGUAGAGAAUCUCCAGGAGCUAUUGAACUGAAUUCUAGAAGUUGACAAAUCCAGAACUCUUAAGAUAUAAGUCCAGCCUUUAGCAUUUAGGACACUGAUGCUACUUCAUCGAUUUUUCGCUUGCUUACUUGUGUCCAAAAGCUAUUUAGAAGUUUGACGAACUUCAAAAAAAUUAAUUGAGUUUAUUUGCUUCAAUUCCUAUACGUCCAGAAAUCAUUAGUCAAAUUUACAACCAUAAAUUUACAGAACUUGCAAUCUACUUAAAAGUCAACUCGAGUAAACUUUCUGCUCAACUUCAUCCCUAUUCCCAACUUUUGUCUUCAAAGUCACUCCAAUCAAUUUGCAAAAAUAAGAGCAAAACUUAACAAUUUAUUUAAUUUAAAUGAUCAACUAAAAUAUUUAAAAAGAAAAUGAGAACUGAGGGAGAUCCAAUAAGAAUUUUACAAAAUGAGACAAAACUUUUUCCUUCCAUUUGUGCAGUCUUCGUCUACCAAAUCUCUUGUCAAUUUAUGAACAGAAUAAAAGUGUCAUUCGAUAAGAGCAAUCUUGCAAUUGAGUUCAUAUAACAUUUUAUGCUGUAUUAUAUCUCACAAGUAUCGAGUCUGUACAUGAAAAUCAAAAGUUAUUGUUGUUGUUUUGUAAUUUUAACCCGAUCAGUACAUUGAAAUGUUUUUCUAAAGGGCUCCCAAGAGGGUAGUAAGCUUAAAUUUAGCAGCAUCUGCUUGGCAACCACAUGUGAGCAACAUUUGAGCAACUAUAAGUAUGCCACGUGACAACCAAAUGUAUGCCACGUUGUAACCACGUUGUAACCACAUGACAGCUAAAUGGAAGUUGCAUGGGAUCAACUUGGAUUUGGCUAACAAGCUGCUCUUACUUAUUCGUAUAUAUGCUUUGUCCUUGGCUGUUAUAAGGACAACAUCAACAUUGCAAUGUAUAUAGAUCGGGUUAGUAAGAUGGGAUUCUCCCUCGAUUCUUUUAACAAGUAAGUAGAACAAAAGAAGAAAAAUUAAGACAGAUAUAGGAAAAAGCAAUCUGAAUAUGACUUUUUAACAAGCUCAAAAUUAGGGGGAAACUUUUGAGCACGAAGAGAACGAAGAGAGACGUUCUCAAAACAAAAAGGAACCAAAAAAAGUUUCAAGUCAGAUAGCAAAAUUUCCUUCGACUUCUUCCUUUCUUUUAUCCUCAGAUUGAAUGGAGAAAAAAAUAACAAAAGGAUGCAUGCUACAUAUAUAUCUUCAAAAAGGUUGUGAACGAGAGAGAAACAAAUUUUUAUUCUGUUGUGAAAAAGUUUUAAAUAAAAUUUAUAUUUUAUCGAUAUAUAUUCAAAUUAUUAGUGCUUCUCUUUCUUCUGUUACUUUACUCUUCAUUAAUUCAUCUGAUUAUUUAUUUAUAUAUUUAUUUAUUGUGAAAUAGAAACUAAUCGAAAACUAAUUUCUUAUGUAGAAGAAAAACAUGAAACUAUCCCCAAACUUUGCCAUUUGACUUUCGUCUUUUUGGUUUUUGUUUCGGGGGACAGGCUAUUAACGAGAAAAAUUAAACGCUUUUUAAUGAUUAAUUUAUUGAAUUUGUCUAACGAAAUUAAUGUUUUGAGAUGGACAUUCUUGUAAAGUUUUGUAUCGGAUGUUAGCUGAUGUAGUAUGCAGGUAGAAUAAAGUUGUUAAUUUAAUUACGUUCUGUGUGAGUCAAGCAAUUGUAAAUCAAUCAGUUGUCCAGCUAAUUGUAUGUAUAGACAAACAUUUAUGGAGCUAGGGAUGAGAACCUUUUUGGGUAUCAUUAAAGACUAAUAAACGCAAAAUUAGUUUGAUGGAAUUUUAAAGAUGCUUAAAAACUUUUAAUCUCGAAUCUUUAACUAGAGACUUAGUUUUAGAAACUAAAGACACAGAAAUUCAAGCUGCGAUGCAUGCAGUGACUUACACGAACUUUAUUUGUUUGAACUGAUUCAGUGUUUAAAGUUCUUAAAUCAACAGAACCCGCAGCAGACUAAUAGAGUCGCGGACCAAUCAUAAUUUAAGUAGCCUAGAUAUUAAGUUGUAAGAAUACAUCAUUCAGAACUUCCUAGAAGAGCUCGAAGCCGACUCUAGAUUUUCAUCGCUUUUUAUGACUCCGAAUUGACUCGAUUCGAUACAAAAUUUCAUCGACUUCGUGCUCUGCUUUCUAGUUGAAUACAAAGGGGUCAGUAAAAUGACGUCAAACUUUGGGGAUAAGAGAGGGUUUGACACUGUUCAACACUUUCAAAAGAAAAAAAUAACUAUUUUAUAAACUUUACGACAAAAUCAAAAAAUCUCAAUAAAAACUAAUUUCAAAAGAUUAACGUCAUUUAUGAUUGACCCCUAAUUGGUUUGUAAUUGGUUUUUAAACCUAAUUUUUAAUCGCUAAUGCACAGCAAACAAUUCAUGGUUAUCAAUGAAGUAAUUUGAAAAUAAAAGCGAUUAGAUCAGAUUAGAUCUUGUUGAUUGAAAACUAAUGUCAAUGGAAUCAUUAGCAGAACUGAUAUCAUUGAUGUUUUCUGAAAGUCCUUGAAUUGUGUACUUAAAAUUCAAUUAAAAUUCUACAAAGAAUCAAUUUUGAACUUAGUUUGUUUGAUGAAGACAUUAUUGGCUUUAUUAAGGACAUUGGAAUUCUACCGUAGGGGACUUGGAAUGGUACAACAGAUCAUCGAUCGCAGUGCCGCUUUUGCUAUAAGCAAAACCCUACAUUACAUUCUAUUCUAGUUUGUUGCUUGUUUAGAAUUUUGUAACAGCUUAAACAAAUUUUCAUUAAAAGUUUGUUAGAAUGAGUGGGGGGGGGGGGGGGGGGGGUUUAAAAAGUCGUUUUUUGCGUAACGUAAUAAUUGAGUUAAAGCAAAGUUCAAGCUAGCAUACACCUUAAAAUAAGUAUAACAAUCAGUCUAUAAACCAAAAAUGUUGCCAUCCCUAGCUUAAAAAAAAAAGUCUAUUAAUAAUUCAACAAAUAAUUGUCAAUAAAAGUUCAACAUGAUACACAACACAAUGAAUAUCCAUCUCAAGACAUACAAAACAAUAAACUACAUGAGGAUAAUUUUUAUUAUAUUUUUAAAAACUAUUUUUAUCAUGUAUGAUGCUUAUUAUAUUUAUAUUACGAAUUUAUAUAAACUUGUUUAUUGUAAUCGCAUCAGUGCUUUUUAAUAAUUGCAUAUAUACUUGUUAUAACGAUUGAAAUUAUGUAAAGAUAUACAUUUUAUGAAAAAAAGUAGAAUCAAAAACAAUAAAAGCAGAAUUUUAUGCAAACAACAUAAAAAAAAGUUUUGAAUUUUU